AUGCCGCUCUUCGCCCGCAUCAUCACCCUCACCAACUUCGUCAUUGCCUCCUCGGCGCUGAGUUUCCAGAUCUUCGUCCUCGAACCCUGGCACCAGACGCUGGAUGACCAGUUCCAGGCCCUGAAGACGGAACACAUCGCCAUGCUCAAGCGCCAUGGAGAGGAGCUGUCUGCCAUCAGAAGCCAGAUCGAGGCCCUCAAAGAGAAGGAGGCGAAGAGAGGGAAAGAGGAGUUCUUGAGAUAG